CGUAUCGCCUGUAAAACCCGGACAGAAGAAGGCUUCCACUCACUGGUUUCCAGCUGACACAGCACCUUUUCUUUCCAUUAGCAACUGCAGCUAAAAGUUAGCCCCGGUCAAAGAGAGGCAUCACUGCGGGUUUAAGUCGACACCAGAAGGACGAGGGGUUGACCACUGAGAGGACUGUAAGAUCAGAAAGGAACCAACCUUGAGGAGCUGCCAUCGCGUCUGUAGUGCAGCAGCCAAGCGCUGACCUGUCCGGAGCUAGCGCUACACAGCUAACUGGCUAACCAGCAACCACGUCAUUACUGUGGCGAAGCGAGUUAUAACAAAACCAUAGCGGGUCGCCACAAACGGUGAUGAGUAAUCAACACGACAUGUCAACGUAACGCAAUCCAUCCGACCGACCGGGACUUGGAGGCUCACAGAACUCCUCCCUCGCGACUUGUCCGGACGUCUUCUCCUGCUGGCCGCGUGACCUCACCGACACCGAGCAGCCCUCGAGCAAGAGACCCUGCGGCGUGUCAGCGCCACAAGCGCUCAGUCCCGAUGCCAGAGACCGUCGAUCUCACUUCUGGUCACUUCACAGGGUUGAAAAAAAAAACAGCUGAGUCAUGGAGUGUUUUCCAUUUUGGAUGACUGCACUAUAUGGGAAGGAGUCGUAAGGAAAGGUUUGGGUUAGAUCCACACCACGAGCGUGCAGCAACAGUGUCAUAACAUCCCUCCAAAAAUGUUGUGAUUCCCUGAGCAGCUCACCCCCCAAUGUCAACCUCAGUAUCGUCACGCCUGACUCUGACUCCCGAGUCCCCGAACUGGGGAGGCUGGUAGCUCUUGGUCAGUUGGAGCCCUUUUGUGGAUCAGUGUGGGACUUGCAGUUUCCAGUGAACAGCAGGAGAUGAGAUCCAGACUCGACCAGAAAGAACCUCAUCUUAUUGAAGAAGUGAAAGAAGAAGAUGUGACCGAACUGUCAUUGACUGUUGUGAAGGUUGAAGUUGAUGAUGAUGAUGAUGAGGAUGAGGAUGAUGAUGAUGAUGAAGAAGAAGAAAAGGAGGGGCCUUCAAAUAAGCACUUGACUCAACACUUGAAAACAGAUGCUGAAGAAGAAAACUCUGAAGGACCUCAGGUUCCACCUCCCCACCCAGACCACCAGAGGUCGCUCUCCUCUGAAUUUAACACUAAUGACAGUAAGGACUGGCGGGACUCCAGCAACACCCAGCCAUACACAAAGUCUGUGGAGACUCCAGCUAUUCAAAUCGGUGUAGAAACGGUUGGUGGCGUUAAAAAGCCACUGAUCUGCUCUGGAUGCGGGAAAAAAUGCUCCUCAUCGACUGGACUGACUCUACACUUGAAAGUCUGCUGUGGCGGCGGACCCAAACGCAAACCACGUGCUACUUGCUUGGUUUGUGGAAAACAAUUUUAUAAGUGUCAUCUGAAGGUGCACAUGAGAAUUCACAGUGGAGAGACACCUUUCCAAUGUUCUGAGUGUGGGAAAUGUUAUGCAUUGAAACAGAGCCUGCAUGCGCACAUGAAAGUUCAUGCUGGAGUUAAACGGAAAGAUGAAGCUUUUGAAGCUUUUGAAUGCACUGAGUGCGGGAAAUGUUUCAAAGCAAAAGGGACUUUGAGGGCACACUUGAAAAUUCAUAUUGGAGAAAAACCUUUUGAAUGCUCUCACUGUGGUCAAUGUUUCACACGGCGCAGUAAUCUGAAGAAUCACUUGAGAAUUCACUCUGGUGAAAAACCCUACAUAUGUUCUCAGUGUGGUCAAUGUUUUAGACAGAAUCAAACCCUGGCCCAUCACAUGGUGAUUCACACAGGUGCAAAACCUUUCAGUUGCUCUCAGUGUGGGUUCUGUUUUGGACGGAGGGCGAGUCUUAAGAAACACAUGAUAAUUCACACUGGAGUAAAACCUUACACCUGCUCUUAUUGUGAAAAAUGUUUCUCAGAGAGACAAUCCCUGUUGAACCACUUAAAAAAACACGUGAAAGAAAGUCUUCAAUGCUGAUGUGACCGGGAUCAUGUGGACCCCUGCAGUCAGACAGAAAGACGGUGAUGAAGAAUGCAUGUAUUCCCCAGAUGGCACCAUUGACUUCAUCUCACCUGUGAAGGAA